AUGCAUUUGGUGAUCCGCCCCGUUGCCCAGUACUCGUCUACGAAUCGUGUGUCUGUAUGCGCUUCUUUUUUCCUUGUUUGCCUUGAAAAACAAGGGUUUUUUAAAUUCACGCUUCUCACAAUGGCGACCAUCGGAACUUUCAACGAGGAGGGCGUUAACGUGGAUCUCUACAUCCCGCGCAAGUGCCAUGCGACGAACCACCUUAUCACGUCGUUUGACCACUCUGCUGUGCAGAUUUCCAUCGCGAACGUUGACGCCAACGGUGUGAUUGAUGGCACCACGACGACCCUCUGCAUUGCUGGGUACCUGCGCGGUCAGGGUGAGUCCGACCAUGCGAUCAACCACCUUGCCAUUUCGAAGGGCAUGAUCCGCAUCAAGACCGGCAAGAAGCCCCGCGCGAAGAAGGUCAAGACCGUGAAGGGCGCCGCUGGACGCGGUGCGGCGAAGGCUGCCCCGCAGCAGAAGGGUGCGCGUGCCGCCCCUGGCCAGAAGGGCGCCG